AUGAUUCUGGGCGCGAGAGGAAGCAAGUCCUGCAUUUUGCUUGCUUUUCUUCUUUUUGCUGCUCUUGUUGGGAGAUCCACGGCUUCUCUGGGAGACCGUCUCCCCGACUUUAGAGAAUGCGUCCAGGUUUGUAAAGCUGAAAACUGCCAGAAUGGCAAUUCGGCUAUACCAAUUCACCUCCGCCUCAUGCUAUGGACCUGUCCCGCCGAAUGCGAUUAUACCUGUCAGCAUGUUGUGACCGAUCGUCGAGUCGCGCGAGACCCCCCAAUGAUUAGCCCGGUGGUACAAUUCCAUGGAAAAUGGCCUUUCCGCAGGAUUCUCGGCAUGCAAGAACCGUUCUCGGUUCUCUUCUCUCUCCUCAACUUUCUCGCCCAUUGGCAAGGUAUCUGUCGAAUUAAGGAGUCGGUCCCGACCUGGCACUCUCUGCGGCAAUAUUAUCUCGCCUUCGGAUACUGCGGUCUGGCGUGCUGGACAUUCAGCAUGCUCUUUCACACCAGGGACUUUCCAUUAACAGAGAAGCUUGAUUAUUUCGGGGCAGGCGCCAACGUCAUGUACGGCUUCUAUCUGGCUGUCGUCAGAAUAUUGCGUCUAGACCAGGGAAAUCUCCGGUACAAACCGACCCUGCGCCGACUCUUAACCCUGAUCUGCAUCCUGCUCUAUACUAUGCACGUAUGCUAUCUCAGUUUCUGGUCGUGGGAUUAUACCUAUAAUAUGAUUGCGAAUAUCGUUAUUGGAAUCAUUCAAAAUAUUUUGUGGACGGGAUUUAGUAUUACUCGGUAUCGGAGAAAUCUCAAGACAUGGACGGCAUGGCCUGGCAUGAUUGUUGCAUGGAUCAUUUUGGCCAUGAGUCUUGAACUGUUGGACUUCCCUCCUUGGCAUGGGCUGAUUGAUGCCCAUAGUCUGUGGCACUUGGGGACUGUGAUCCCCACUGCAUGGUGGUAUUCAUUCUUGAUCAAAGACGUCCAAGAUGACGUGGCCGGGCACCGAUUGAAAGCUUGA